CUCUGUGAGCGCUGAUGUGAUAAAACAGCAGAAGCAGAAGCUCUGCAGCUGUUCAUCAUCAUAAACGUGUGAGUGUGUGCGCAGGUGUCCGCUCACUGUUUACUUGUUCAGCUGUGAGAUCAACCGAGUCUGCAGUGGGUGGUUGGUGGAGCUUCAAACAUGUCCAGGCAGAGCAAGUUCACUGCAGCUGUGGCCACCAUGUUAGGAGCCACACUUGGUGGUCUGUUUCUGUGGCGCAGCAUCCGCACUCAAAAGAGAGAGGCUCUAAAGAGUCCCGCUGCAGCUGAGCCCGUACAAGCCCAGCUGGAAGUGGACAUCACCCAAUCGCAGCCUGCAAGACCAGAGCUGUCAGUGCUAGAACCAACCCCAAAGCCUGUACCUGUGCCGCCCGUUAGUAUGCUGUUAGAGGUGUCACCGGUGGUCGUGAGCUCUUCAGAGCAGUGGGAGACAUUCUGGCCCGCAUUCCAAAAGGAUCUGUCCGUGUGUCCGGUUUUGGGCCUGGACUGUGAAUGGGUAAAAAGCAUACGUGUGUCCGCCAAAGGCAAAGCAUCUGCAGUAUCUUUACUCCAGUUGGCGACGUUCUCUGGCCGCUGUGUGCUGGUGCGACUGCUGUCAUUUCGAGAAGCACAGCUUCCUCUGCCGAAGGGCCUCAUGGGGGUCCUGUCUGACCCUCAUGUACUGAAGGUGGGGGUGGGUUGUUAUGAGGAUGGAAAGCAUCUGGCUCAUGAUCAUGGUCUGACUCUGCAAUGCACUGUGGACCUGCGCUAUCUGGCCCUCAGACAGAGGCAAGCAGUGCUGAAUAACGGCUUGAGUUUGAAAUCCCUGGCUGCAGACCUGCUGAAUGUUACACUGGAUAACUCGCUAGAACUGCGCUGCAGCGACUGGGAGGCAGACGUGCUAACAAAGGAACAGAUUACGUAUGCAGCACGGGAUGCCAUGAUCUCUAUCGCCCUUUUCUUUCACCUGCUGGGGCUGAACGCAGAGCCCUGCCUUCCCACUGUGGGUGAAACUGUGUUGGGGCAGCUGACAUCUCGCUGCCAGGGAUUGGUGGAUGUACCCUUCAGAGGGCACUGUGGAGGAGAGGAAGAAAGGGAGAGGAGACGACGAAGCAGGAAGUCCACCGCGGAGAGUCCUGAGUCUGGAGACCAGCAAGUUCCAGACCCGCGGCAGAACAAAUGCAAACCACUAGGAGUUGGAUAUUCUGCCAGGAAAUCUCCUCUUUAUGAUAACUGUUUCCUUCAUGCUCCUGAUGACCAGCCACUCUGCACAUGUGACAAGAAGAAAGCAAAAUGGUACCUGGAAAAGGGAAUAGGAGAGUUGGUCAGUGAAGACCCCUUCAUUGUUCGCCUGCUGUUUGAGCCCUCGGGCCGUCCAGAAUCCCAGAAAGACUACUACCUCACAGCCAAAAAGAACCUGUGUGUGGUGUGCGGGAAAGCCGAGUCUUACCUCAGGAAGAACAUUGUCCCACAUGAGUACAGGCGCUACUUCCCUGCUGAAAUGAAGAACCACAAUUCCCACGACAUCCUGCUGCUCUGCACUGCCUGUCACGCAGCGUCUAAUGUGCAUGACGGCGUCCUGAAGCAACAGUUGGUGGAGGAGCACUCUGCUCCACAGGGCUGCGAGGUAGGCGUUAGGCUGCUCGAGGAUGCAGACCGCCAGCGGGUACGUUUGGCUGCUCGCGCUCUCCUCAGCGCCAGUGAAAGGAUGCCAGAAUCCAGACGGGAGGAGCUCCUUUCAAUCAUCCAGAGCUGCUUCUGUAAUGGCCAUCAGGAGGUCAAGCAAGAGAUGCUUCAGAGAGCUGCAACGCUGGAGACCAGGAUCUUGAACGAGAGAUUUGAGUCACACGGACUGAAGGUAGUGCGGGCAUAUGCCGAGUGUGGUCUGCCUGGCCUGAUGGAGCUGGAGCGCCGCUGGCGACAGCACUUCCUGACCAGCAUGCAGCCCCGCUAUUUGCCCCCACUCUGGUCUAUCAGUCACAACCAUGACAAAUAUCUGCGCAAGUACGGCGAGGACCAGCCAAUCCAGCUCAGCUGAGCCCAGCCACUUUAGUAAUGCUACAACUCCCAAUAGGAAGGUGUCCACUGUGUGGGUAACACCUUGAUGUCCUUGUGCUAAACCCUGUGAUGUCAUUGGGUAAGCCCUGGUGUUGAAUUCCAAAUGAGAAAAAAAGCCUUGGGUAAGCCCUGGUGUUGAAUUCCAAAUGAGAAAAAAAGCCGAAGACUAGAUUAGACUGUGGGCCCGUUUUGACUGGGCCCUAAGGGACCAGAUGGAGAUUGGGUAAGAGACUCUUUGGGGAUCUGAAGCCACUGCGGUGAAUGAAUGGCGGAACAUUAAACUCUAAGAAGGCGCAAGAACAGAAAUGGUGAUAGGUAAAAGAACGAAAAGGCAUAAUACGCACACUUUUAAAAACAAAAACAAAAGUUUAAAAUGUGGAAAGGAAUUCUCAUUUCUCUGUGAAAAGUAGAAUCUGCUGUAUUUUAACCAGCUCAAACCUGCUCUUACUUCUUAAUCAUGAAUUGAAUAAAGGAUUCAUAGCUUACAAUUCUUGCAGGUUUGUGGCCAUAUUAAAUAUCUUGUUAAGUGUUAAAUCAGUUUGCCUUUUGGGGCUAUAUUUCUUAAAUGCCCAUAAUUAAGCUUUAUUAUUGUCUAAAAUUUCAGGCUGUUUUUUUUGUUUUUUUGUUGGUUUUGAGAAAAACUAUCUUUAAACAACUAAAGUUUGACCAAAUUGAGCACAGCUAAGCUUAAGGGUGCAACACCUCAAAACAUACCAGAACAUCUUUUGGUGUGUACAUAACCCUGACUAGACAGUAUGAAUUUAUUCCAGUGUAAUUGAAGCACCCCUCUUUAAUUGAUCGUUAGUACUAAACAUUCUCACCCUGAUUUUUAGUGCCAAUUUGUGUUGUAUGUGUAGUCACAGUCCGAGAGAUUCAACUCCAUGGAUGCUAACAAAUGUAGAUGGCCAUAUCAAGGACCUUGAGAAGUCUGAGCCUAACACUUGUACUUUAACUUAAGAAUCAUUACAGCUUUUCUUUUUAUUUACAUUUUUCCAGAUGUAAUAAUUAAAAGCUGUUGUGUUUCCUUAUUGUCAAUAAAGAUAUGAAAUGUCAUAUUUGAAGACUGAAUGAGUAGUUGGCAGGUUUUCUUUACAUUAUAAAUGGUGUAAUGUACAUUUCAUAUCCUGCAAUAUCUGAUUGCAUAAAACACACAAUGCACAUAGUUUCACUG